AUGAUCACGCAAUGGCUCGUGUUCUUUGCGCUCCAUGUUUAUUUCGUCCUGGGAAACCAGAUACCACUCAAUUCAAAGGGCAAAUGCCUUGCUGAGUCAGAUGUCCAGGGCGAUGCCAGCUGGAAUGUGUGUUGUGCCAAACCACCGUUAGUCGGCACAGAGUCGGUUGGCACUUUUCAGUUCAGAUACACUUGCGGAAAGUUUUCAAGCGGUCAAUACGAAUCCAAAGAGGCGAGAAGUGCCCAAAUAUGUGCCCAAUACUGUGCGGACGAUCCCAAGGCUACAGUAGCCAUGUGGAAAAAGAAUAGUGCCAGUGGGAUGUGUUAUCUUGUCCGUGGUGACAAAUAUACUCUUGCCAGCUCGCCGACCUUCCUUUUGCUCGAAAAAAUGAAUAAGAUCGUCAGUCCAUCAACACCGCCAGUUCUAUCACCAGAUUCAAAAUGCAAAGGUGCCCUUGCUCUCUGUACAACGGAGCUAGAAGCUGCGAGUGAGAAGCUGCAAAGCAUUGGGGCGAAACUCGACGAGACAGCAAGAGCCAACGAGACUUGUCAUUCCAAGAUAGCCAAAGCCGAGAGUGAUCUCUCGGAUUGUCGGACCAAGUCCAAAAUCCAGUCUGAUGAAGAUAAGAAAACAAUCGAUAACCUGAGGGAUCAGCUCAAGGCAACACCGACGGAACAAUGGCACGUGCCACAGGAACUCAACAAUAAAAUCAUUGGCACGAAGAUCCACGACAUCUGUCCCCAGUUCCACGAACAACUAUUCGAAGUCACGGGCGCUCGGAAUGUCAAACACAAAUGGCGUAUCUACUGCAACUCCGAGCUCAAGGGUAGGAGCUGGUCAGUUGGCGCCGAAUAUGACAAGUGGAGAACAGGCACCAUGGAACCCUAUACUUCCUUGUAUAACCUUGAUGAUUUGCGAGAGGCAGCCCGGGCCAUUACAGUCGGUUUGAGCUGGAUUGAAAAGACACCAGCGAAGGUCAGUUAUAAAACUUGGUGGCCGCGAAGUACCGGUGGGGGGUACCACCAUCUACGAGGAUUUACACAGACUAACUGGACAAUGGGCCCGGAGGAAAAUCCCAGCAAUCACACGGUUCUCCUUCGGGUUGAUCCCUUUACUUAUGGAAGUUAA